CUUCAUUCAUUCAACACAAUGAAAUCAUGGAAUGUUUUAACCAUCUAAGGCGCCUGCCUAUCAACUUCCUAUGUUCUUCAUUUCCAACACUCAGAUUGCCUUUAAGAAAGAAUUUUACAUGUCGCUCAUUUUUGCGCCAGAGAGUACAGGAAUUCCCUGAAUUAUUCGCAUAUACGUCUGGGCGAUGGAUCUUCAAUAAUGAACUGAGACAAUCUGAAAGAAAGCGUGUCUUUAAUGUUCCUGAACUGAAGCGCCUUGCAGCUGCAUCAAUCGGCCAGAAAGAAGAAGAUGUCGCUGGGUUCGAGAAACUUGCAGAAGGUGGGUUCAAUCGGACAUUUCGCAUCUCCAUGCGGGAUGGCUUUCAAUUUGUUGCUCGCAUUCCAUAUCCAGUCACUGAGCCCAAACAUCUGCUCGUGGCGAGCGAAGUAGCGACAAUGGAUUUUCUUCGCAACAACGGGAUACCCGUACCGAAGGUCUACGGCUAUUCCCCUGUGUCCACAAACACUGCGGGCACAGAGUACAUCUUCAUGGAGCUCGUUCGUGGGACAAAUUUGAGUGAUAUUUGGUUUGAUUUGUCUGAAAGCGACAGGAUCAAAAUAAUAACUGAAAUUGUUGAGUUGGAGGCCCGACUUUUCGAUAUAGGGUUUCCUGCAAGUGGAAGUCUAUAUUAUACGGACGAUCUACAACCUGAAGUCGAUAAACCUAUUGUUCUUAGCACCCAUUCAUCUGGAAAGGACAGUUUCUGUAUUGGGCCUGAUCUUACGCCUGGGUUAUGGUAUGGUAAGAGACUAAAUCUUUCAGUUAAUCGAGGACCAUAUAGAGAUUGUACGGCAGCAAUUACAGCCGGUGCCAAAAAGGAAAUUGCUUACUUGGAAAAAUUCGGGCGGCCGCUUCAGCCUUUCCAGCGUCUCCGUAGAGAGAUAUACAAUUACCAGCCACAAUCGCAUCUCGAGCAUAUAGCAAAUUUGAACAAAUAUCUUCAAGUUGCGCCUUAUCUCGUACCAGAGAAUGAACCCGCUCUCACACGUCCAACUAUACGGCACCCUGAUCUUCAACCGAGCAACAUAUUUGUCUCUGAUGAGCUUGAGAUCACCGGCUUAAUUGAUUGGCAAGGCUGCACAGUGCUCCCAUUGUUUCUACAAUGUGGAAUUCCAAAUAGCAUCCAGAAUUACGGGGACGACGUCUCAGAGUCCCUGAAAUUCCCUGUUUUACCUGACAAUUUCAACGAAUUAGAAGAAAAAGAGCGACUCGAACAACUCGAGCUUUUACGAAGGCGCCAGCUACAUUACUUCUACUUUGCGCUGACUUCGAAAAUAAAUCCACUUCAUUACAAUGCGUUGUCAGCUGAUUUGAGCAUACUGAGACGCAAGGCUUUCCACCACGCGAGUGAGCCCUGGGAGGGCGAUAAUGUGACUCUCAAAGCGGAUCUGGUUCAUGUGGCUAAGAGCUGGUCGAGAUUUGUCAAUUCAGCACCAAGUAAGACGGGUGAUGCAAUGCUUCCUUGCCCAAUAGCAUAUUCAGAGGAAGAAAUCAGCGAAUGUUUGCGGCUGGAUGCCGCAAAGACUGAAGCGGAUGAGCACCUCCAGUCUUGCUGUGACGCUAUUGGCGGCAUUGGUCCCGAAGGAUGGGUACCGCCCGACAUCUAUGACGAGGUGAAGCAACGGGAACAAAAGCUGAAAAAUAUGUUCAUUGAACUUGCUGAGUCUGGUGAGGAAAAGUUGAGAUUAGAGGAGAAUUGGAUUUUUGACGACUUUGAUGAGGAAGAGUACAUGUAAUUGGUUGGAUCUUGACUUCAGGAACUUAUUUCUUUAUUUCAUUACUGUGUGUAUAGCUGAGAAA